AUGUUAUCAUCAAAUCUUACAACGGAGCCAUCGUCAAUGAUAACGACGGCUGAUGAAGAUUCUGAUUAUGCUUGGCGAAUGAGAAUUUAUCCAAAUGGAAUACAUGAUCAUCCAAAUCUUGUAUCGUUAUACUUGGAAGCAAUUCAAACACCUUUUGAAAAAAAUAAUUGUUGCAUCGAAAGAAAUAACAUCGAAUUCAAAUUUUUAGUUUAUCGCAUAAAAAACCCUUCAAACGAUUCAUCGUCGCCAUCAUCAUCGUUUUCAUCGACAGCAACGACAACAUCAAUUGAUUCUUCGAAGGAUUCUUUAUCCUUGGUGUAUGAAACUAACACGCAAAAAUUUGAUUUUGAUUUACAAGGUGCACGUGUUAUCAAUGGGUUCCCUUCAAUUGGAACAUUUCAGAGAGAAGAAAUUAAUUUAUUAGUAAAACUUCAUAUUUAUACAUACACUAAAUCACAGUUUCAAGAUUAUUAUAAAGGAUUCAAUAAUGAACAAUCUUUAACUACGUUCGAGAGAUUUUACAAUCAUGACGCUUAUUUUGAUGUGGAAUUUACAUUUGAAGAGGAAAAUUAUAAUAAUGCUAAUACAAAAAAUUCUAUAAAAGCUCAUCUUUAUUAUUUAUAUUCUUUGAAAUUAAAGGAUAAUUUAUCAUUUGAUCUGCUAAAAGAUAUUUACAUCAAUUCUGGGAUAAUGGGAUUAGAAAAUUUGUGUAAAUUAGCAGCUGAUCAAUUGGUAAAUUUGAUAAAUUAUGAUAAUUGGGAUCAAGUAUUAAAAGUUGCUUGGGAUUCAGAUAUUUUGUCUAGUAAAUUACAAUUAAAGAAAUCAGCUUUAGAUUUUGUACAUGGUAAUUGGUCAAUUAUAAGAAAUACUGAAAAUAUGAAACAAUUAUUAGCUUCUGCAACUAUAGAAUGUAUAGAAGAACUAAUGGAAACCAAAAUAUUUGGUACUCCAAAAUGA